AUACAGAAUAGUUCUGUGAGCACCCUCGCACAAUACAGAAUAGUUCUGUGAGGUCUUGUAAAAUGCCCCCGUGUGACGUCAGGUCCGCGAAGAGGGAAGUUGUACACAGACAGACCCAGACAGCAGCCACAUACACAAUACACAACACACACCAGACCCACAGAAGAUUGUUUGUGCGAAACCUCGAGAGGGAACAUGAGCGCUGUUGUUGCGGACCUCGACAACUCCUCCACGCCGCAAGACACAAACACAAACACGAAUGCCGGGGCGGGUGAAGGUGGCGGGGUUGAGACAAACGAAGGCACACCCGAGAGCAAUGAGCAGCAUGGCUCGAACGUGGUAGACGUUGCCGACACCAGCGCUGGAGGCGUGCCCGUACUCAGCCCGAAACCAGUCUACGGCAAGGGCGGAGUGGUAGCGGAGGUGGCUGACGAUAUCGCUGCCGCGGUGGAUGCUUUCACCGUGCCGAACGAUUUCGUGAGAAAGGGCUCCCGCGUCGACUCGUUCAUGUACUCGCUCGGAGUGUACGUGGAGCAGAGCGCAGGCGCCAAAUACUACUGCCUGGCUAGCGCAGAGUGUCGGAGGGGUAGGAAGGAAAUUCCGUGUCCACGGGGAGACCGCAGCAACGUCAACACGCACCUCAAGAGAAAGCACGGCAUGCAGGGGACCGAAGGAGCGAAGAAGGACGCCACCAGGAAGGAGGGGCAAGGAACCAUCAGGUCGGCGUUGGUCGCGAGCGCCAACUCGAGCCUCGGAAAGAACAUUCGCGAGCUCUUGUGCGCGAAAAUGGUCGUCGACAAGUUCCUCCCCUUCUCCUUCUUAUCUGCGAACUCGUGAAAGGAUGUGAUGGGCUUGGAGACCGCCGAUGACACACCGUAUCCGGCGCUUCCUAGCAGGCGCAUCAAGCACCUCCUGGUGGAGAUGUUCGUCGCCACCAAGAAGGCUGUGAUGGGGAACAUGUCGGAAGAGAUCAAGAAGGCACCUCUGCCCAUCGUUCACUACGGGGUCGACCUGUGGACGUGCAAGAAUUCUGGGAUGAAAUUCAUUGAUGUCCAAGCGUUCAGGCGCUGUACCGGACGGCAGAAGAGUUGGACACGCGGGAAGUACU